UUUCCUUUUCCACCACGUUCAUUCACCAAACCAAAAAAAAAAACGCUUUUCGGGGAGCAAAGCCGAAAAGACUUGACGCGAUGACUUCUUCACGCGAAGAUCCAGAGAUCCUCCCCGACGCCGCCCAAGAAGAAGAAGAACCCAAUCUCCCCGCCGCAGACGACGUUGCUUCUCCGGAUAACUCGGAUUCCGUUAUUAAUCAUCGAAUCCCCGUACUCCUUCCUCUAUUCGAUUGCGUGGCAAUGGAUAACCUCUGCCACGUGGCGGAGAUGCUACGGGAACAAGAGAGGAAGCGGAUUCGAGACGAGGAGGUCGCGGAGACGCGGAGGCGGUUCGCCGAAGAGAGGGCGGAGAUACACAGGCUGCACGUUUUAGAAGUCGCGAGAAAUUACGCUCUCGAAUUGCACGCUGAUCAACCUCCCAAGCUAACUAAAGACAAUGACGACGAAGAAGAAGAAGAAGAUGAAGAGAUCGUGAAAGGGAAGAGCCGAUUCGAUGAUGCUAAGAAGGCGAUCAAGAAGAGGAGAAGAUACUCGAGAGGAUCGAGUACUGCUGAUACUGGUGGAAUCGAGCUGAGUUUGACGAAGCAUAGGACGCCUCCUACGCUUACGGAGCUGUGUAUGAGAGUUCUUGCUAGAAACUCUGAAUCGAUCGAGUCUUUGCACCUCGUCCCUGACCACUUGAAGAAGAAGAUCUCCAGUCUCGUCAGUGAUUCGAGUAAAGUGGACAAAGCUUUUAUCCAGCUUCUCGUGGAUGAUUCUCCUUACGAGGUCUUUGUGAAGAAUUGUGUUGACUUAGAGGAGAAGGACUUGACUCAGAUCCUUUCCGACUGCGAUAGAGUUAGCUUACAGGUGUUGAAUCUUGAUCUAUGCGGACGAGCAAUGACGGAGAACGCUAUAACGGAGUUCUUGAACCGAUCUCCCAACGGGUUCCCUUCGUUGACUAGGCUAUCUCUUCAAGGAGCGUUCUGUUUGACAGACAACGCGUUGGCUUUGGUCUCGAGAUCGGCUCCUCUGCUACGUGUUAUUAACCUCUGCGAGUGCUCUCUCCUCACUUUCCAAGCUGUGAAGAUUCUCGCUGAUUACUUUGGUUCCACUCUUAGAGGGCUCAACAUCGGAGGGUGCCAAGGGAUUAAACCGUGUGAUGUAUUUAGGACCAGCUUGAGUAGGUUCGAGAAGCUGAGCUCUCUCUCGGUUUCAGGGCUUGAAGGGAUUCACGAUGUUGUUGUUGAGUUCUUUGCUUCUCGUGGAUGCAAUCUCACUGAUCUUUCUCUAGCUUCUUGCGUAGGGGUGAAUGAUGGAACUAUUUGGACUGUUGGGAGAUAUUGUCCUAACCUGGAAGCUCUUGACAUUUCAGAGUUGGAUAGAUUGACUGAUGCGUCACUGAGAGAAAUUACGGAUGGUUGCAGAUCUUUGAACUCGGUCAAGUUUAAAAGAAACCGAUUCAGUGAUGAAGGUGUUGCUGCGUUUCUUGAAGUGUGUGGUGGUUCUCUUAACAACCUCUGCCUAAACAAUGUCAGAGAUGUCGGUCAAGAGACUGCUAUUUCGCUCGCCAACUAUGGUAAGAGGUUGCAUUAUUUGGACCUCUCGUGGUGUAGAAAACUCACAGAAGAAGAACUAAGACGGAUCAUGUGUUGCUGCAAGUCGCUUAGAUCGCUUAAGCUAUUCGGAUGGACGCAGGUGACGGAGGAAUUUCUUGAAGAUCUUUCAAAAUCAGAAGUUAACAUCGUUGGAUUGAAAAUGACUUCUCUUUUCGCUCAUCCUGAUGACUCUCACCCAAGUGUAGAUGCCAAGUGCUUCUGAUGGGUAGACAAGUUUUGGCCAUGUUUAGUAGUACUGAAGUCAUGAACCAUUUUUUAUUGUUAGACUAGAACAUCUCCGGAGGUUCGUAGUAAUGAAAACUACUAAUAGAAUAAUAGUCUUUACAAAUCUUCUUGUAAUGUGUGGUCACUAGAAACAAAAGAUUCAUUUGAACCAGCGAAAAUCUAUAGACAAAGCUUUCUCUC